AUGAACCAGCAAGCGAAUCACUUGUACACGCUGACGCAGCCGAUGAGAAUCAUCUACGGAAAGUCCAAAAAAGACCAUCUCCUUUCUACGGCUGAUCACUCAUGGUGUGGACAUUUCGCUACUGCGGGGGGUCUGGCCGUCAUUCUUGCGCUCGCUUUCGACCCCUUCACCCAGAACCUUAUUCACUAUUACCCUAAGCUCAUGCCCGAUUCCUCGCAAACAGCGAUUGUAUCAAGAAACUCUGUGUACGACGCCCUCGGCGCAGAAUAUGGCAUGGGAGGAGAUCCAGCACUCAAAGCCAACUUCUACAAUUCGGUAUUCAACAGCGACUCAUCGAAGCCAUGGUCAAUUCCUAGUUAUACGUGCAGCACUGGAAAUUGCACAUGGGAUCCGAUCUCUUCACUGGAGAUGCAGGCCGUAUGUUCUAAUGUUACAGAAUACUUGAACUUCCAAUGCCACAAUGUCACAGACGGUGUUGAAUGGGCUGGCUCCCGCAACUGCUCUAUCUAUCUUCAAUAUAAUUCCACAAUGAGCCAAAUCUCUGCCACAUUUAUUGAGAACUCACCAUUGGCUACCGCUAUCGUUGCAGGCAUGAGCGAACUUGCUAUCAUCCACGAAGAAACCCCUUUUGGCCACUUCCAUAUUAUCGCCCCCGAUCAGUUAGUCGAGGAGGAUACUAUUGGAUCCGAAUUCACAUCCUCCACCAAAUGGCAAGCAAUGGAAUGA